AUGAUCAGGUCGAUCCAGGCUGCUCAGCGCUUGGACUCUCGAGGACACCCAACUGUUCAAGUUGAUCUCACUACGGACAAAGGCAAGAGAGCACCAACGGUAACUAAGCUCACUUCUUACACCGAUGCAGAUACUUUUCGAGCCAUCGUCCCCUCUGGUGCGUCUACGGGUGCGAAUGAAGCGAUUGAGCUGCGAGAUGGGGAUAAUUCUGCAUAUGGCGGCAAAGGCGUCCAGAAAGCUGUUUCGAACAUCGGACUGGUUAUUGGUCCUGCCCUAGUACAGAGCGGGCUCAAGGUCGAUACGCACCAGAAAAUGAUUGAUGAUUUUCUUAAGAAUCUGGACGGUACAGACAACAAGUCAAAGCUCGGGGCGAAUGCCAUUUUGGGCGUCAGUAUGGCAUGUGUCAGAGCGGGUGCAGCUCAUUCAGGAGUUCCAUUGUACGAGUUUCUUCGACGUGAAUCUGGAGCGAAAAAGCCAUUUGUGAUGCCAGUGCCAUUCUUCAAUGUUCUAAAUGGAGGUGUGCAUUCGGGCAAUAAGAUGGCCUUUCAAGAGACUAUGAUCGCUCCUGUUGGAGCAUCCUCUUUCACGGAAGCAGUACAAAUGGGUAGCGAGGUUUAUCAGCAGCUGAAGAAGGUCAUUGUUGAGAAAUUUGGAACAUCUGCGACCGGCAUUGGAGACGAAGGGGGCUUUGCACCCCCGAUUUCUCAGCCUCAUGAGGCCCUAGAUCUCCUGGUCGAAGCCGUCUAUCGUGCUGGAUAUACCGACAGAAUCAAAUUCGCUAUUGAUCCGGCAUCGAGCGAAUUCUUCAGAGGUGGAAAGUAUGAUAUUGGGUUCAAAGACGACAAACCGAACCCGCAAAGCUCACAACAGCUUGCAGAGUUGUAUCGCUCGUUGUUGCAAAAUUAUCCUAUCGUUCUCCUGGAAGAUCCGUUCGCCGAAACUGAUUGGGACAGUUGGACAGAAUUUAACAAAAAAUGUCCAGUCGAACUGGUUGGGGAUGAUUUACUGGUCACGAAUACGAGAAACGUGCAAGAGGCCAAUGCCAAGAGAGCGUGCAAUUCCAUGCUACUCAAAAUUAACCAAAUAGGCACCAUCUCCGAAGCAAUUGAGGCGGCGGACUUGGCGUUCAGUUUUGACUGGAGUGUUUUCUUAUCCCACCGGUCUGGUGAGACGACCGAUGAUUUUAUUGCUGAUUUGGUCGUGGGGUUAAGGACUGGCCAUCUUAAGUCCGGGGCACCUUGCCGGGUCCCAGGGGAUGCGCUGGACCUCCCCCCACGCGCCGUACGCGACAUUCUCCGUGUUUGUCUCGGUGCUAAAGAAUACCGAUUCCUCCAUGAAUCAGUAAUCAAACGUGCCCCUGCCGUCCAAAGCAAGCUCCCAUCUCCAUCUCGCUACGAUGCCAUCGCUCGUCCGAAUAAUCGACACAGUGAAGCUGCUAUUCGCUCAUCACUGCGAGUCUUGGUCGGUUCCGGAAUCGCGUUGAAGUUGGCGGAUCUGUUGAUGACUCGGUUCCAAGGCGCUCCACAGAAGAAGACCCGGACUUCCCUCCUCCGCUCCCCCAAAUUCCGUCUCUCCAUCUCCCUCUCCCUCCUCCUUCUCAUCCAUCGCCUCCUCUACCGCUUCCUUAUCCGACUGCGAGCCAACCUCCGCACCGACGAUGCAAAGCCGUUCAGAGAGCGCAACCCGCGUAUCUCGCGGGCGCUGACGUCGCGCUUUGCGCCAGCGAUCGGCGCAAGUCUGGCGGGUUUCGCCCUGGGCAUCUGCCCGCAAGACCAGCUCCGACUGACUGCCGCGAUUUACACAGGCACCAGGAGCUUGGAGUUCUUCUUUAAUGUCCUGGACUCUGAGGGCUGGUUGGAUAAGCGCCCGUGGUGGUUCGGCAGCUGGCUGUUGAUGCCCAUCUCAUUUGCGCAGCUCUUCCAUGCUUUCGUGUUCGAUCGCGAGACUACGCCUAAUUGGUUUCCAAAGGUUAUUCUCAAGCUCUCGCCGAGCUACAUCCAAGGCCGACCGGAGUCACUCCCGGACAAUAUCGCCUGGCCCGAGAAGGAAGAGAUUGUGAACUCUCUUGCAUCUAUUGCUGAUCUCCGCUGGCCGGCAUUCGUUUCUCCAAUCCUACACCCGGGUGACCCCAACACCUUACCGUCAUCAGUGGCUUCCAUCUCCCCAAUCACUGGACCGGCACACCCUGCAAUCUCGAGUCUAUCGUGCGCGCUCUUGCACCCAAACCUCCCGAAUUGUAGCACGGCGUUUUUGCAUCACAUUCUCCUCUCCGUGCCACUGCUUGCGCGGUUCCUGACAACUGUCACUCUGGCACUUUCGAUCCCCAAAUUCAAGAGCAUUCUGCUUCAGCCUAUUUCAUCAGUGAACACUAUUUCGAAGCGCAUUAUCACCAUGACAGCGGUUCUCUCUGCUGCAAUUGGCACAGCCUGGGGUAGUGUCUGUCUCUUGAACAACAACUUGCCUCGAACAACGCUUCCAACCAAGCGGUUCUUCCUCAGUGGAGCACUGGGUGGUCUGCCAUUUUUGUUCCUGGGCAACAGCCGUAGCACGUUCCUCUGGUUCUUCCGGGCCGCUGUUGAUUCGGCAUACAAGACAGGGGUCAAGCGUGGACUAUGGAAAGGCCGAAAAGGCGGUGAGCUUUUGUUGUUUGUUCUCUCCUGGGCGCUUAUGGGGUCGAUCCUUGAGGGGAACCCUGAGGCCGUGCAGGGUGGUGGACUGCGUAAAGCUCUGGCCUGGCUGAGAGGUGAUGGAUUUGCGGAUCCAGUGGAUAUUGCGAAACGCAAAUUGCGACGGGAAUCAAAGAAACCCGAAGGAAAUGAGGUAACCAGUCAAUAG